AUAUAGCUUAACAUAAUUUAUCUUUAAAAAGUAACAAUAGUGCUGUGGCAAAAGUAAACUCGUGUCGGUCAGUGACUCUAACAACUACUAACCAUUAAAGAACUGAGAUUCGUUACCAAACACACAAGUCUAAUGUCAGUUUCCUUUGCAACAAUCCAACAGAACUGAAAGUUACAUCCAAACUCCAAACAUUACCACCACACAAAAAUGGGUAACGCACACCGACAUCACCUCAAACACCGUUUUCCCCUACCUCAAAACACGGUUCCUACUCCUCCACAUAAAUACGGUACCUCUCAUCCUCCUCACAAUCUACCAAACCAAAACCAAGGUGGUUCCAAUUCCAACAUCAACAUGAUCUCUUUACCUUACGCCAACGCCGACACCACUCUCCGUUCUCUCGCCGCACAAGCUGAAGGCUACGGCCGUUUCGCAAUCGGUGGACUUCAUGGUUCUCUUUACCACGUCACAUCACUCUUAGAUGAUGGGCCAGGAUCAUUGCGUGAGGCUUGUCGCCAAAAGGAACCUUUGUGGAUUGUGUUUGAGGUUUCGGGUACGAUUCAUCUUUCGUCUUACUUGAGUGUGUCAUCUUACAAGACCGUUGAUGGGAGGGGGCAAAAGAUUAAGCUGACUGGAAAGGGUAUUAAGCUGAAGCAAUGUGAACAUGUAAUCAUUUGUAAUUUGGAGGUUGAAGGAGGUAGAGGGCAUGAUGUUGAUGCUAUUCAGAUCAAACCUAAUUCUAAACAUAUAUGGAUAGAUCGUUGCACUUUGAGUGAUUGUGAAGAUGGGCUCAUAGAUAUCACUCGAGGAAGCACUGAAAUUACUAUUUCAAGGUGUCAUUUUCAUAAUCAUGACAAAACAAUACUCAUUGGAUCAGAUCCCUCGCAUGUUGACGAUAGAUGCAUAAAGGUCACCAUACACCACUGUUUUUUCAACGGUACUCGACAGAGGCAUCCUCGUGUUAGGUUUGCAAAAGUACAUCUGUACAAUAACUACAGCAGAAACUGGGGCAUAUAUGCUGUUUGUGCAAGUGUGGAAUCCCAGAUAUUCUCUCAACAUAAUAUCUACGAAGCAGGCCAGAAGAAGGUUGCUUUUAAGUAUCUUCAUGAGAAGGCAGCAGACAAGGACGCGGAAGCAACUGGUCACAUAAUCUCUGAAGGAGACAUAUUUUUAAAUGGUGCUCAACCAGGGUUGAUGACGGGGAACGUCGGGGUUAAAGUAUUUCAUCCGAGUGAACACUAUCUCGCAUGGACGGUGGAAACUCCAACAGAUGAUCUAAAGCAAGUUCUUCAACACUGCACUGGAUGGCAAUCUGUUACGCGGCCAGCGGACCAAACCAUUUGCGCAGAAUAGAAGCUAAAGCGGUUGCAUACAUACACUUACCACUGUAAACUAAACUGAUUGAUUUCCUUGCCACAAGUUUAUCUUAGACCUUGCAGGUUAGUUCAUAGUUCAUGUGUAUAUAGUAUAAUUAUUAACAUGAGUAAUUGUGCAUUCA